GUUACUGCUGAGCACAGACAUCUCAAAUGACACAAAAUUUGUCGAUCAAGUCUUUGAGCGACUGCAGGUUGGAAACGCUGUUGAAAACGUGGACGCAUUCUUUACCAAACUUACAGAGAAGGGGGAGGUUCCAGAGUUUCAAGUUGACGUGAGAGAUCGCAUCAUGAACAAGACCUACGACAUCAUGGGUCCCCUUUUCCCAAAGUUCCCUGAAAAGGAUCUUUUUGACUGGUUCCAUGUCAAACUGGUCCCGGUUCUCCCAAGUUUCACUCCACAAAUGCUCCGAGGUGUAAUUACCAACAUCAGCUGCACAAAAUACCAUGUCAUUGUGAGUGGGAUGGGCAAAGUUGUGUCUGACAUAGCUCAGGAAAGACAAGAAGAAAUUGCAGCUGUUUUACUGCAGUACCUGAUAAACUCUGCUGAUGUCAUCAACCAGCCAGCUUGCAGGGUUAACAUCCAGACCGAUUCCCAGUGGGUGGAAACAAACCUGGGCCCAUUUUCUCCAUACGCAACAUAUUCUGAGCUCAAAUUCUUCAACCUCUCUCAGGGAGCACUUGUGAGCGUUCUUUCACCCAAACAGAAAGCUGAGCUUCUAACAGAUCCAGACAGCCAUGGUCUGGAGGAUGCCACCCUCGUAAAGGAGGUGCUCACAAACUUGACAGAGUCCGGCAAUGUGGAGCAGCUUGGUCAGUUUUUCCAAGUGUUCACACGGUCCCUCCAGCAGACAAACACAACCUACAUCCAAAAUGUGGCGGUACGAGAGACCAUCUUAAACCUGACUCUGAGCAGCCUUGCUCCUGAAUUUGUCAUCUUUGAAGUAGAAGACUACCAGCUGUGGUUCCAAGACUAUUUGAUUCCUGUGAUAGCAAGCAUCCAACCUGACAGCCUGUGGGUGAUACCCCGUAACAUCAGCUGUGAAUCCUACGGAGCUAUAGUCACUGGCCUAAUGGAAAGCCUGAACAUCCUGCCGCUGCACAUUUCAAUGGACGUGAGAUCAAGCCUGGAAUCACUGCAGGAGGCCUUCCCAGAUUGUGCAAAACAGGAUUCUUUCACGUGCAAAGACACACAUGUUGAUGAAAAACUCAUCUGCUCCGAGGUAGACAGCUCUCAACUCCAAGCACUGAAAGAUGACAAUUCUACUGAAGCCGUGUGCAACUUCACCAUCACUGAACAUGCCUGUGCCCCGACAAGAAGACUCUCAGCAGAAAACUUGGCCAUGCUCUUGAAGUGCUCUCUGGAAAGCAACCAGAUGUACGUGGUGGAAGUUUGGCAGCUUCUUUUCCAAAAAGCUUCUCCCGUACUCAGCCAGGCUCUGGCCUCAUUCUCCGCCAUGGCCCCCGCCGCCAUGGGCGCUGCCUAUUCCAAUCCUCUUGAUGCUCUGAGAGAAGUGGUUGCUAAAAACCUUACACAGGAUCAACUGAAGAGUGAAGAUUUUGUUAGAAGUUGGUUCCAGAUGCGUCUCGGUCCAUUCCUGGCCUCCCCGUCAACAAAUUUCCUCUUCUGCCUUGGCACCUACAACUUCAGCUGCCAGACCUACCAGAUUGUCGUCGGAGCAUUCAGCAACCAAAGCCCACUGAUGGACGACAACAGAAAGCGGGCAGUCUUUACUCACUUCAUCCAACCGUUCCUUUCCAGAAAGGAUUUGCCAGACCCAGGCUGCGUGUCAUCUGCCAAUAGCAGUCAGUACUGGCUACAGGCCAACCUUGGCAAUUUCUCUCAAUUUGCGAGCAUAGAGGAUUUGCGAGCCCUUUAUCCAAACUUCUCCAGUGCCGAAGCCUUGUCGAAACUGUCUCCCUCUCAGGUAGCAGAGUUACUGCUGAGCACAGACAUCUCAAAUGACACAAAAUUUGUCGAUCAAGUCUUUGAGCGACUGCAGGUUGGAAACGCUGUUGAAAACGUGGACGCAUUCUUUACCAAACUUACAGAGAAGGGGGAGGUUCCAGAGUUUCAAGUUGACGUGAGAGAUCGCAUCAUGAACAAGACCUACGACAUCAUGGGUCCCCUUUUCCCAAAGUUCCCUGAAAAGGAUCUUUUUGACUGGUUCCAUGUCAAACUGGUCCCGGUUCUCCCAAGUUUCACUCCACAAAUGCUCCGAGGUGUAAUUACCAACAUCAGCUGCACAAAAUACCAUGUCAUUGUGAGUGGGAUGGGCAAAGUUGUGUCUGACAUAGCUCAGGAAAGACAAGAAGAAAUUGCAGCUGUUUUACUGCAGUACCUGAUAAACUCUGCUGAUGUCAUCAACCAGCCAGCUUGCAGGGUUAACAUCCAGACCGAUUCCCAGUGGGUGGAAACAAACCUGGGCCCAUUUUCUCCAUACGCAACAUAUUCUGAGCUCAAAUUCUUCAACCUCUCUCAGAUUACCAUAGUAGAUUCACUUUCUUCUGGACAAAAAGCUGAAUUUCUCCUUCAAUCCGAUAUUCUUGCCAAUGUCUCUCUUGUCAUCACUGUUUUUGAACGUUUCACUACAUCAGCUUCCUUGGACAACCUGGAGUCCUUCUUCAACACAUUUGUUGGUGGUCUUGCUCAGCAAAAUCUGACUGCUGUUAACCCCAACAUGCGUGACAAUAUUCUAAAUCUGACAAUAACAGCACUUGCACCAAAGUUCCACCUUUUAAAUCCUGAGGGCUUCAGAUUAUGGUUCCAGGUCUACCUCCCACUCUUCCUCCCAAGCAUCAAAUCAACAACCUUUGAAAUAAUUCCCAGAAACAUCUCCUGCAGUUCAUACCAACAAGUGGUCAAAGGAUUGGACAACACUAUCAGCCAGCUCUCCGAAGCACAGAACCAAGAGGUUCUAAAGUUUGGAUUAGACUAUCUCAAAGCUCAGUUAACUUCAGGGCUUUCCUGUGUUGACGCUGGGACUGAAACUAAUGACAGAGGUUGGCUUAAAGACAACUUUGGUCAGUUUCGUCUUCAAGCCUCUUUUAAGAAUUUUCUGUCUCUGAAGAAAGAUUUCAAAGGAGCUGAGGUGGCAGAUCUUCUCACUUUCAGUCAGCUGAAGGAGCUUGCAGCAACCCCUUCGCAGCUAAACGGAACGCAAGAUGUGACAAAAGUCAUGACAGUCAUCGAGCCGGCUGACUUUGCUGCUUUCUUUGAUUCACUCGCUCAAGCAGUUGCGGCCCAGUCUGUGAACUACACACAGGAAGUGAAAUCUGCCUUCCUCCUGGCGGUUUUUGACAGGGGAGGUCUUCCAGCUGUCAGUGACGAAGACUUCCUGCAGUGGCUAAGGCGACUGCAGCCGUUGCUCAUUGACCUCUCUGCAAAUCUGGUGCCCCGCUUUGUCAGUCUGGCAGCAAACAGGAGCUGUGCCACCAGCCAGGAGACGAUAAAUGUGCUUCACACAAUACAGACAACGCUCAGCAACAACACUAAAACCGAGGUCUACAGAAACAUCCUCAUUUUCCUCCAAGAUCCAACGCCGCUGAAGUGUUACAGUGGUGGAAGCUUCUACAUCUUCCUGCAGAACAUCUUCCUCAGCUUUGGAUUUCCUGAUGUGGUGACAUUCAUAUCUCUUCUGCCACCAAAGCGCGAGUCAGAGCUCCUAAAUACCAUCAGCACAUCAGAGCUGAGUCAGUUCCUCAAUCAGCCUGAUGUCGGCAAUAACAGUUCAGGCAUCUGUAUCAUCUUCAACAACUACAACAACACUCCUUCCUUCCUAGAAAACGAGGACGUCCCAGAUGAUGUGAGGAGGAUCAUCCUUCCCUGUGUUUGGCCUUUGGCUCUGAGCAGCAACAGAAGAUCUGAGGUUGAUCUGUGGUUUAACGUACGUUUGAGGAACUAUCUGAGGUUCCUCACCAAGGAUCUCAUGAGCUUCAACAAAGUGCAGAAUGCCUCAUGUCUCACCUUCCAAAAACUGGUGUCUUUCAUGGGAAAGAACUUCACCUUCACCGGUUCAGACUUUGGACAGCCAGAUGUGUACACCACCAUCAGAAGCUACUUGGGUGCUGAAUCUGUGGCCAGAUGCUACAACGCCACAGACCCAGAUCUGAACUCCACCUCCUGGUUUGUCAACUACAUCGGCAGCUUUGUGAUAUUUAUCACUCUUGAUGAUUUCAAAAACUUUGUCAACACCUCUCAGCUGAUUGUGUUCUUGGAGGAUAAAGCUAAUCUGGAGCUCUUUAACAACGCAGCGAUCCCACAAGAUGUAACAGACUACUACAUCUUGCAGCUUUAUGAGUUCUACCCAUCCUUUGGACUCAUGAUGCUCCCAGGCUCUUUACUCUGCUCGCCUGACAUCCCAAGCUCCUUAUUUACUUCUCUUAGUGAGAACGAUACGAUGGCCAUCUUGGACAAGCUGAAGACAUUCUGCAACAGCACAGAGAAUCCUGAGAGAUCUGCAGCUCUGGCGUCCAACAUCAAGGUCUUCACAGCGCAAACGUUUGAAGACCUUGGAAAUGCGUCUUCUGGCCUGACAAACAGCCAGAUCCUGUCUGUGUCGCCUGAGGUGCUGGUUUUGUCUUUGUCCAUCCUGAGCUCAGUGAACACCUGGGGACAGGACCAGGCCAGCAACAUCAUCCACCGCAUCACCUCCUCAAGCUUUCAGAUCAACAGCGCAGCCUCUCUGGAGUCUCUGGGGACUCUUAUCAUUGGAGUUCCUUCAAAGUCAAUCAACAAUAUCUCAGCUUCUGAAGUACUCAGCGCGUCCAAGAACCCAACGCUUGUUUCCAACAUGCUGGAAGCCCCGAAGGUUGUCCAGGAGGCUUUUGUCAAAAAGAUCAUUUCUGUGGACUCCAGUCCAGCCAAAGUGGUGGAGAACGUCCCUGAUGCCUUAGCAAUGGAGAUCCCACCCUCCCUGCUGCUGUUUCCUGAGGGAACAGCCAACAUCACUGCGAUAAACAAGAAGACGUGGACCGCAGAUCAGGCCACCAUGUUUUUUGCGACGCUGGCUGAGGCAGAUUUUGACACUGAGCAACUUUCUCCAUUUGUGCUGCAAGGCUUCACAUGCGGCACGGUUAAGAAAAUGAGUAAAGCCCAAAUCAGUCAGUUGAUCCACGCCUGCAGGCCGAGGAAAGGCAGGGCUAAGGUGGAGCUGAAGGAACCUCAGCUGACCUGCAUGUACAACCUGAUCCGUGACGACCUCUCUCAGAACUUCACAGAUUAUCCUCCAGACAUGCUUCUCUACUUGGACUCCAAAAAUGUCCAGAAAGCAAACUGCAGGUCCUACUUCUCUGCCCUGGGUGCCGCAGACUUCUCUGUGGCCUCCAGCAUCUUGAACAAGGGCCCACAGAAGUUCAGGGAAGCUAGAGACUGCUUGGGGAUCAGUGGCAACAGCCUGAGCAGAGACAAUGUGGAGGUCCUGGGGAACAUGGUCUGCACUCUGAAUAGAUCCGACAUUGAGAACUCAGAUCCUCUCAUCCUGGAAAACCUCAAAGCCUGCAAAGACCUCUCUGCCAGCCAGGUGGCUGCUAUGGAAACACUGCUGCUGUCUGGGAAAACACAAUACGGAGCUGUAAACAGCUGGGACCAACAGACACUAGAGGGGCUGGGAACACUUCCUUUGUAUUUAACAAGAAACAUCUGGACACAUUUCACAGCUGCAACACAGAAAAGAUUCCUUAAGGGUUUCAUGCCUGACCUAAGGAUACAAAAAACACAGAAGUGGAAGCUCAAGAACCUGUUUUCACAGCUCACCCCUACAGCAGCAAAACGAGAAGCAGGAUGCAGCGAGGGGAACAUCACCCAGGUGACCGUCAGCGACCCUUCCUUCCCCUUUGGCUACAAUCAGCUGCAGUUUCAACUCUGCCUGGACGUUCCCAUUCUGAAAGACAACCUCUACUCCAUCUGCCAGAAAGUGGAUGAUGAUGGUUAUAAAAGGAUCAUCCUCAAUAAACUCAACCAGGCAUUCCCAUCUGGAGUUCCUGAUCAGGAAGUACAGAUGCUUGCUUCAGUCUCUCGCUCAGCAACACUUGAUGACAUCUCUAAGUGGAACAUCACUGAACUGGAUACCUUGGCAGCUCUGAUGAAACCUGAAGAUGGAACAUGGGAGACGGCACAGAGCAAAGCAAUCAUCACCAAGAACCUGAAUACCUCUGGAAAUUCACUGGGCAGCAGUGAACUGAACAUUAUUGACUCCAACCUGUGCUCACUGGACACCAGCACAUUAGAGACCAUCACAGCAGACAGUAUCAGAAAUACAAAGCUUCUAGAUGUGGCAUCAUGUUCAACUGAGCAGAAGAGAGUCCUCUACGAGAUCAGCAACACCUCCUUCAGCGUCCAUCGUGAUAAUCCGAUUAACUUUUUUAACCUGGUUAAAGGCUAUCUAGGUGGAGCAUCUCUGGUUGAUAUAAUAUCUUUGUCAAAACAAAAUAUAAGCAUGGAUGUGAAAACCUUCAUGAAACUAAACAUCAGUGUUAUAACUGAUUUAACUGUUUCCAACGUCCAGAAACUCAUGGGGGAAAAUUUACCGGACCUAAAGUUGUUUGAGAACGACACUGUGAUUCAGAUGUGGGUAAACUUGCAACAACAGUCGGAUCUAGACAGAAUGGGUAUUGGUCUAUCUACCAACAGCACGAUCCCUCCAACUACAAUGCCCACCCAGGAAACUAGUUUAACAAGUACUGGAACUGCAACUGGAACACGUUCUGACACACAAACAAAAACAUCCCUAACCACUUCUGACAUACCAGCACUUACUACCACAUACAGUUCAACCAUUCAUACUGUAAGCAGCUCAUGGAGGACAACUAACACUGCAACCAGUGCUGGAACAUCAACAGGUAAUUCUGUGGCUACUGUUGGAACAACAACCGUGAGUGCUGAGUCUCCUCCUUUCACAACAAGAGCAAAAGUUUCAAGUAGUACUGGAACUUCAACAGGAGAUGCUUUGGCCAGUGCUAUGACAACAGUAGACUCCGAAAACAGUGUUCUCACAGCAACAACAAACUUAGCAAAUGCUGCAACAUCAUCAUCAACAGGUGGUCCAACUGAUUCUUUGACAUCUCCAGAUUCUGAAUCUACCACUAGCACAACAAUGCCUUUUCCUACAACCAGUUCUGGAACAAUGAUGCCACAAGUUACAACUACGAGUGGGAUGUCAACAACUACUGCAGCCACAGGAAGUGAGACUCAGACCACUCUCACAAUCAGUGCUACCACAACAACAAAACAAACUUUAACCAGUACCAGUUCAGAACUAUCAAACACUGCAACCAGCCCUGUUACCCCAGAGCCUCUAACUGAAGGCAAGAGCAGUACAACAUCAACACCAGAUGCCACAACAACCUCUGAGACAGCAACAGCAGAUGUUUCACUUGGUACACCAACAAAAAGCCUCACUGACUCUGAAAUGCCAACCUUAGGUACCAGUAACAGUCCUGGGUCAGCAUUAUCAUCUCCUGGCACUACUACUGUGACCCAGUCUUCCAACUACACACAGAACCUGACAUUGGCCUUUCUUGAGGCUGUGCUGGAUAAAAAUUUCUCCAUGUCGGCUGUUAGUGAUGAGGAUUUCCUGCUAUGGCUUAGGCUGCAACUCAGACCUUUGCUGGUCAAUCUCUCUCCAGCUAUGGUUAUUCACCUCUUCGGAAUUGUGAAAAACAGGAACUGCAACAGCAGCCAAGAGAUGAUUUCAGUGCUUGAAACUGUGCAGAUGACACUCAGCGACGAAACCAAGGCAGAGAUCUACAAAAAUAUGAUCCUCUUCCUCCAAGAUCAAACGCCACUAAAGUGUUACAGUGGUGGAAGCUUUUACAUCUUCCUGAAGAACAACUUCCUCAGCUUUGGCUUUCCUGAUGUCCCGUCAUUCAUCUCUCUUCUUCCACCAACACGCAAAUCAGAGCUCCUAAAUACCAUUAGCACCUCAGAACUGCGUCAGUUCCUCAUUCAGCCGGGCGCAAUCAGUAACAGUUCAGGCAUCUGCAUCAUUUUCAGCAACUACAACAACACUCCUUCCUUCCUAGAAAACGAGGACGUCCCAGAUGAUGUGAGGAGGAUCAUCCUUCCCUGUGUUUGGCCUUUGGCUCUGAGCAGCAACAGAAGAUCUGAGGUUGAUCUGUGGUUUAACGUACGUUUGAGGAACUAUCUGAGGUUCCUCACAAAGGAUCUCAUGAGCUUCAACAAAGUGCAGAAUGCCUCAUGUCUCACCUUCCAAAAACUGGUGUCUUUCAUGGGAAAGAACUUCACCUUCACCGGUUCAGACUUUGGACAGCCAGAUGUGUACACCACCAUCAGAAGCUACUUGGGUGCUGAAUCUGUGGCCAGAUGCUACAACGCCACAGACCCAGAUCUGAACUCCACCUCCUGGUUUGUCAACUACAUCGGCAGCUUUGUGAUAUUUAUCACGCUGGAUGAUUUCAAAAACUUUGUCAACACCUCUCAGCUGAUUGUGUUCUUGGAGGAUAAAGCUAAUCUGGAGCUCUUUAACAACGCAGCGAUCCCACAAGAUGUAACAGACUACUACAUUUUGCAGCUUUAUGAGUUCUACCCAUCCUUUGGACUCAUGAUGCUCCCAGGCUCUUUACUCUGCUCGCCUGACAUCCCAAGCUCCUUAUUUACUUCUCUUAGUGAGAACGAUACGAUGGCCAUCUUGGACAAGCUGAAGACAUUCUGCAACAGCACAGAGAAUCCUGAGAGAUCUGCAGCUCUGGCGUCCAACAUCAAGGUCUUCACAGCGCAAACGUUUGAAGACCUUGGAAAUGCGUCUUCUGGCCUGACAAACAGCCAGAUCCUGUCUGUGUCGCCUGAGGUGCUGGUUUUGUCUUUGUCCAUCCUGAGCUCAGUGAACACCUGGGGACAGGACCAGGCCAGCAACAUCAUCCACCGCAUCACCUCCUCAAGCUUUCAGAUCAACAGCGCAGCCUCUCUGGAGUCUCUGGGGACUCUUAUCAUUGGAGUUCCUUCAAAGUCAAUCAACAAUAUCUCAGCUUCUGAAGUACUCAGCGCGUCCAAGAACCCAACGCUUGUUUCCAACAUGCUGGAAGCCCCGAAGGUUGUCCAGGAGGCUUUUGUCAAAAAGAUCAUUUCUGUGGACUCCAGUCCAGCCAAAGUGGUGGAGAACGUCCCUGAUGCCUUAGCAAUGGAGAUCCCACCCUCCCUGCUGCUGUUUCCUGAGGGAACAGCCAACAUCACUGCGAUAAACAAGAAGACGUGGACCGCAGAUCAGGCCACCAUGUUUUUUGCGACGCUGGCUGAGGCAGAUUUUGACACUGAGCAACUUUCUCCAUUUGUGCUGCAAGGCUUCACAUGCGGCACGGUUAAGAAAAUGAGUAAAGCCCAAAUCAGUCAGUUGAUCCACGCCUGCAGGCCGAGGAAAGGCAGGGCUAAGGUGGAGCUGAAGGAACCUCAGCUGACCUGCAUGUACAACCUGAUCCGUGACGACCUCUCUCAGAACUUCACAGAUUAUCCUCCAGACAUGCUUCUCUACUUGGACUCCAAAAAUGUCCAGAAAGCAAACUGCAGGUCCUACUUUUCUGCCCUGGGUGCCGCAGACUUCUCUGUGGCCUCCAGCAUCUUGAACAAGGGCCCACAGAAGUUCAGGGAAGCUAGAGACUGCUUGGGGAUCAGUGGCAACAGCCUGAGCAGAGACAAUGUGGAGGUCCUGGGGAACAUGGUCUGCACUCUGAAUAGAUCCGACAUUGAGAACUCAGAUCCUCUCAUCCUGGAAAACCUCAAAGCCUGCAAAGACCUCUCUGCCAGCCAGGUGGCUGCUAUGGAAACACUGCUGCUGUCUGGGAAAACACAAUACGGAGCUGUAAACAGCUGGGACCAACAGACACUAGAGGGGCUGGGAACACUUCCUUUGUAUUUAACAAGAAACAUCUGGACACAUUUCACAGCUGCAACACAGAAAAGAUUCCUUAAGGGUUUCAUGCCUGACCUAAGGAUACAAAAAACACAGAAGUGGAAGCUCAAGAACCUGUUUUCACAGCUCACCCCUACAGCAGCAAAACGAGAAGCAGGAUGCAGCGAGGGGAACAUCACCCAGGUGACCGUCAGCGACCCUUCCUUCCCCUUUGGCUACAAUCAGCUGCAGUUUCAACUCUGCCUGGACGUUCCCAUUCUGAAAGACAACCUCUACUCCAUCUGCCAGAAAGUGGAUGAUGAUGGUUAUAAAAGGAUCAUCCUCAAUAAACUCAACCAGGCAUUCCCAUCUGGAGUUCCUGAUCAGGAAGUACAGAUGCUUGCUUCAGUCUCUCGCUCAGCAACACUUGAUGACAUCUCUAAGUGGAACAUCACUGAACUGGAUACCUUGGCAGCUCUGAUGAAACCUGAAGAUGGAACAUGGGAGACGGCACAGAGCAAAGCAAUCAUCACCAAGAACCUGAAUACCUCUGGAAAUUCACUGGGCAGCAGUGAACUGAACAUUAUUGACUCCAACCUGUGCUCACUGGACACCAGCACAUUAGAGACCAUCACAGCAGACAGUAUCAGAAAUACAAAGCGUCUAAAUGUGACAUCAUGUUCAACUGAGCAGAAGAGAGUCCUCUACGAGAUCAGCAACACCUCCUUCAGCGUCCAUCGUGAUAAUCCGAUUAACUUUUUUAACCUGGUUAAAGGCUAUGUAGGUGGAGCACCUCAAGCAGAUAUUGCAGCGUUAUCAAGACAGAACAUCAGCAUGGAUGUCGACACUUUCAGGAGUCUGGAUAUCAAUGUGAUAACUAAUCUGACUGUGGCCAACGUCCAAGGUCUGAUGGGUGAAAACCUACGAGAUCUCAAGCUGUUUGAGAAUGAUACUGUGGUUCAGACCUGGGUGAACCUACAGCUACAGUCUGACCUGGACAAACUAGGUUUGAAUCUAAUCACCACUAGGGCAAACCCAACAGUACCAACCAGCACUGAGCCACAAGGGAACACAAACAGUUCAAGUACAACCCCGGCCAGUACAGCAAUAUCAUCUGCAACCACCAGUGGUGUCCUGGAGUUCACAAAAUCACCAGUCUCCGUUCUCCUGACUGCUCUGCUCACAGCUGCUCUACAAAUAAUCCUACAACCAGCCUAAUUAUUGCACUGCUGCAAUAACUCAGGCAAUGCUUUCAUACAGCCUACAGUUAUUAUCACUAUUAGCUCUAUUAUUUACUCACAUGUACAAAAAAUACUUCAUCUCACCUUUUCGAUGUCUUUAUUAGCAUCAUGAAACUAAUCUAUCUAAGAAGAAUCAUUUAAAUCUUUACAUAACUAGUUGAUGGAAAUUAGGGGAAAAUUAAAAAGAACAUUCAUAUAAAGUGCUAAAUCAUGAUAAAAUUAAUUGCAUUGGUUUUUAUCCUUCCAGAUGUAAUUCUUUUCUUCCUGUACUUUGUCCUGUACUUUAAACAUUAUCUAAAUAAAUAAAUGCAUAUGAAUAAA